AUGACUGUUAUUAGUAAUAGUAGCAGCUCAAAAAACGAACAAAAAAGAAAUUACCGCCCUUUGCUUCCAGCGAAUAAGUCAGUGAAAGGUAUUAUAAUUGGUGGAAUCACUGGCGGUAUUGAAAUUUGUAUCACAUUUCCCACUGAAUAUGUCAAAACACAGUUACAGUUAGACGAACGUUCAGCGCAUCCAAUUUAUAAAGGACCUAUAGACUGUGUUAGGAAAACUGUACAAACGAAAGGAUUUUUUGGAUUAUAUCGAGGAUUAUCUAUUCUGAUAUAUGGUUCCAUCCCGAAAUUUGGGACAUUCGAAACAUUAAAAAGUUAUGCUAUUGAUUCAGAUGGUAAUUUAGCACCAAUAAGAAGGUUGUAUUGUGGUUUAGGUGCUGGUAUUUCUGAGGCGAUAUUUGCUGUUACACCAAUGGAAACUAUUAAAGUAAAAUUCAUUCAUGAUCAACAACUGGCUCAACCUCGAUUUAAAGGUUUUUUUGAAGGUCUGCGAACAAUCAUUCGAACCGAAGGCAUACAUGGGUUAUACCAGGGUGUGACAGCCACAAUAGCUAAACAAGGUUCGAAUCAAGCGAUAAGAUUUUUUGUCAUGGAAACUUUGAAAGAUUGGUAUCGUGGGGGAGAUAAUUCAAAAACCGUUAGUCUCCCUAUUACGGCUACUUUUGGUGCAUUCGCGGGCGCAUGUUCUGUUUAUGGUAACACACCAAUUGAUGUCGUGAAAACUCGAAUGCAGGGGUUGGAAGCGAGAAAGUACAGGAAUACGUUUGACUGUGCUUUUCAAAUAAUGAAAAACGAAGGAUUUUUCGCAUUGUACAAAGGUACCGUGCCGCGUUUGUGUCGUGUAUGCCUUGAUGUUGCUCUUACAUUUACCUUGUAUGAUGCAAUCAUGAAUUACGCUAACAAGUUGUGGAAAGCAUAA